AUGCCAAUGUUCAAGAACUCGAUUGCAAGCCUCCAAUGGCUCGAUUUAGCCUGCGACUGUAACAAAACCGCAACUAGUAUCGCGGUGACACUGGAGGCCCAAAUUAUCUUCAAGCCGCGUGGCACAGUCCAUCAUCAUAGGCCUGGACAGCCGAGAAUAUUGCCUGGUAAUGGGCUGAACGAGCCUACUGUCCUCAUCACCACACGAAAAGUUGCACCAUUGAAAACCGUGCAACAGGAGUUGAACCACGCCAAUCUAAAUCCAACAAUGGACUUACUGGAGGACAUUUUUGCUUCGUUGAUUGCGGAUAGGGUCCGCAAGACUGUUUUUGAUAGGAAUUGGCAAAAGUCGCCUAGUGAUUCAGGUUUAACUCAAAACAAUAUCUUCCAGGAUGGCAGUCGUGUUUCACUGCCAUUCCCUCCCCUUCCUGUAGCCAUUCAAAACCCUGCUACCGCUCGUAGAAACAUAUCAAUGACUGCAACACCCGCCACUCCAAGGCCCGCACCAACAUUAGCUGAAGUUUUGCAGCGUCCCGACUUUCAGACUUGGUUUCUGGGACAACAGCGUACUCGUGAAACUCCAUCUGGAGGACCAAACCGUUCUACUAGGAUCCCUGCAACUGCAUCUAGUCCUCAUACUCGUCGGCAGCCUACACCCACUGUACCUACUACUCGUCAUCAACCUACACCCACUGUAACUACUACUCAUCAUCGACCUACUCCCACUACCCAUCAGCGCACUACACCCUCCACUCAUCAGCAACCCAUGCCAGCAUGA